AUGGAGACAAGCACCGGUGCGGAUGUCGCCAAUGUGCCACCGGCAGAGGCGAGCUGGGAUCCACGGGCCGACCUCGCCCCGCAUGUUGCUACGACUGCAAAUGCUGUUGAUUACGAGGUAGUCAUUCCGACGUAUGGCCGAUGGAAGCCAUCGCACGAGCUUGCACCCAACAGGGCCCGAUUGAAGGACUGGAAGGAAGCAUUUAUUCUGGACCACACAUUGAGUUUCUUGGCAAGGGAAGCCGUGCCCAAGAACAGAGUCACACUCUUUGUUGCGACAGACGUGGAAGCUGAGAAUUACCGCAAAGCUCUGCAGGGCUCGGAUUGGGCAGAUGUGAGGAUAACAGUUUCUGCACCGGGAAUUCGCGACAGUCGUAACUUCAUUUACAAGCAUUUCCCUGCAGAUACCUACGUGGUGAGUCUGGAUGAUGACAUAGAAGGAAUCAAGUGGAAAGUUCGUGAAGGAAACACGGAUGCCGCUUGCAUAGAUCUGCCGCCAGGCAACUUUGUCAAGAUCAUUUAUGACGCGUACAAGCGCAUGAAGGAGCAAGGUGCGUAUUUGUGGGGUCUAAGCACUUCACAGAACCCGCGAGCUCUGAGUCUAACGGUUUGCUCACUGCGGAACGGCUUGAUCAACGGGUACCUGCACGGCUUCAUUUGCCGCCCUGAUGCAGCUUCAGACCUACUUCGGCGAUUAAGUGAUGCCAUAGAGGACGCCGAAUUUUCGGUUCGCCAUUUCGCCAAGGACGGCGCCGUGCUGAGAUAUCGUAUGUAUGCAGGUCGCACAUCUCCUUUUGCCAACUCCGGUGGUUUGCAGAGCAAGUUUCAAGCUUCCAAUGCCAGGAAGACGGAGGAGUGGUGUGGUGCGCAGCAGCUGCACGAGCUCUUUCCCAGUUUGAUUGGGGCUCCCAGUGAGGAAAGCGAUCCGGCGGGAGUUACUGCAACCACCCAGGUCAAGUUCAUCUUUGGGCCUGUCAAAAGGCACCCCCGUACGAUUCGACGUCUGGGUGGGCUUGGCCGUUUCAUGGUGCCGAUAUUGAAGGCAAAGAAGCGGAAAAGCAUCCGAGAAAUGAGGAGUAUGUUGGCCCGUGCCAAGGCCUUCAUUACCAAGGGGAAGAAGGCUUCGCGCACCGCUGCUCAGAACUCGUCGGCUGUCGAGCUUGCUGCGAGACGAAAGAAGAGGAUGGAGAUGCGGGCUGAGACGGCGCUGGCCUGUGACCGCAAGAUCAUUUCUACGCAAGCAUGGGAUCUCAUGGACGAGGACACCUUGCGCUUCGCCGCAAACACGAAAACACCGGGUUCGGCAUCACACCGUCGCUAUGCAAAGUACUCGAAGGCCCGCACCGUGAAGCAGGCCAUGAGCCUGGGAUGGAGGAAUGAUGACCGGCGAUUCGAUAUUACGCAUGGAUUCGCGAAGAUAGUCACGCUAGACACGAAGCCGGCCAGCAGUGAGUGUCUGGUUGAAGACGAGCAGCGCGUUAUCCCAGCGACACCUGCUGGCCGUGCAGUGCCCAUUCGACUUGCCGAGGUUGUCGAAAAGAAUCCCGGCAUAAAUCUCAGCCGCGCGCUCGUUUGGCCACUGUUGAGCCGUUGCCCGGCUUUCGACGUGGCGGCAAAGGGUUGCUGGGCCAAGCUGGCUGCCAAAAAUGGGCUGCUUGCCGAGGUGCCACUUCCAAUCUUCAGAAUACUGUUGCAUUGGGGCAACACGGGCUGCUUGGCCUUUGCACGGGCCCAGGGUCCUGCGCUGUCGGCGGCGCUGCGGCGACUGGGCGCCGAGCCGACAGCAUUGCGUGUUGAGCAACGGCUGGACAGGAGUGCGUUGAAGUUCAGCAGGUCAUCCUCGGGCGGUGUUGCGGUUGCUGCGACAGAGCCGAUCAGAUGCGGAAGCACAGAGGCUGAAGGUCAUGUUCCAGGCGAGAAAUCUGCAAGGGCUAGAGGUGGAUCCAAGAAGCGAGGUUCAGGGAGAAGAAGAGCGGAGGAGCCACCCUCAAAAGUGAAUGUGGCAAGCUUAUUGCAGCGAGCCCUUGACGUUAAGGCCGAGCAGAUGGAUGCAGGACCACUGGCCUCGGAUGGGAGUCCCAAGAGCUCUACACCUGAAACUGAGACACCGCAGUCCUUACCAGGAGCCACAGGCGCAACAUGCCAGAAGGGGGAGGCGCUGCCGUCGGUUCCAACUCCGAGCACAGCAGCACCCGAGUCGCCGACAUCAGAGGAGGAUAAGAGUUUGCCCAGUGCCAAAGGAGCCUUGUUCCAGGGGUGUGGGCCCGGCACCGGCCCAGCUUCGCAACCAUCAACUUUACCGAGUGCUGGGGGCUCUGUGGCAGAAGUUCCGAUGGUGAAGGAGACAGAGGAGGUCGCCGUGCUGUUGGGUGGGCGGGUUCAUCGCCAAAGGAACUUGAAGUCUCUCUUCGCCUGCAGAAGUUGA